UUUGCAAAAUCUCUGGCUUUCUGUUAGUAUCAAGAUUUGAUUAAUAUUUAAUACAAUCCAAAUAAAAGUGUAUAGUCAACUUAAGUAGUUAUUGUAACUGUGGCAAUAUGUUAAGGAUAAACCAAAAAAUGUCAGAUAUUCAAUUGCAGACGACAUCAGGCGAUUUUGGUGUACACGAUUACUUUAGAGGCAGUUGGGGUAUAUUAGUUUGCUAUGUAUCUGAUUUUUCUGCUGUAUGUACUGAUGAAAUGAAAUGGUUAGUUAACGAAUAUCAUGAGUUUCAUGCCAGAGGAAUCAAAAUAUUGGCUUUAUCUUGUGAUUCCAUUAGUUCUCACAUCAAAUGGAUAAAAGAUAUAAAAAAAAUUAGUGGAAUGCAAUGUGAUGAAAAAUUUCCGUUUCCGAUUGUAUCGGAUCGCAAUCGUGUGUUUUCCUUGUAUCUAAAUGUUUUAGAUGCAAAGUGUAUUGAUGAUGAAGGGAUACCUUUACCUUGUAGAGCAACAUUUGUAUUAACACCUGAUAUGGUUAUCCAAAUCAUGCAUUUUUAUCCUCAAACUACAGGACGUAACUUUAAUGAAAUUUUAAGAUCAAUAGAUGCUCUACAACUGUCAUUAGAAUUCGAUAAUGAUAUUUUUACUCCAUGUGGAUGGAAAUCAACCUCGGAUUGUUUGAUAUCCCCAAAAGUAUCAAAAGAAGUUAUUGGACAUAAAUUUCCUUCAUCAACAGUUAUUGAUUUACCAUCAGGAUGGUUAUUUUUAGACGUCAUUCGCGACGGCCGGCCGUCGGCCGCGGCCUUAUCGGUGGUGUUGGCGACCAGGAAGUCUGUCCUUUGGUACGUGUUUCAUUGUAUUCUUACUUAGAAGAUACUAUUUUUAAUACUUUUAAAUACAUUUCGGUUCUAUGCAAUAAUCAAUAUUAUACUGUACACCACCAGUACAGAGUACACACAAAUAUACUACUAAUGAUACUAGUGUGUAUGUGUGUGUGUGUGUGUGUGUGCUGCAUGUGCCUGUGUGUGUUUUGUCUUUCGAGCAUUUGAGUAGGUGAUAUGUUUUUCUUAUGGACCUUAGUGUUAAUUAAUGUGUAAUUGAAAGAUAAUUGAUUUAUUCACAAAUAAUUUAUACCUGCAUUUAAUUAUUAUUUUACACUUCUACGUGAUUACGUAAUAUAAUGCC